UCAUAGUCUCAUACUUAUCGUUGUUCUUUCGUCCUGUCUCCGAGUGGCGUCUCCUCGAAACCGGUUCCAUUUCUCCUCCCGUUUGAAGAAACCAGACCCCCGCUUUCUCUUUCUUUCUCCCCGUCGCUGCCGCCUUCGACGUCAGAUUGCCUACAUCCGAAGUGCUUUAUCUUGUGACACUGUCUAUUCAAAGGAAGAGCAAUGGAUAAAAAUCCCCAGAAGCUCUUCUCUAGAGCUGAUGAUCAUGUAUGAGCAAGAUCCUGACGUCAUUAGGUGGGGUCUCCAUCUUCUUCAAGGCGACCAGCUUCAAAUUCUGAGUACUGUGGGACUGCUAAUCAAAAUGAUGUCAGUGUUUAUAAUGGGAAUUACACCAGGGAAAUUGAUUUUAUUUCAGUGCCUCCUCAGGAAAGAGCAGAAGACAUGGAAAGUUCUUGUUCGAGCCCUGGAGAAAAGUUAUAUGAUGGCGUCGAGUAACUCAAUAGAGCUUACAGAUGAUUCUUCUACCUUAGAUGGUGAAGUAGGCAAGAGACUGAAUCAGAUGGUUCCUGUUCGUCAUGUCCCUAGAAUUAAUGGGGAAAUUCCUUCUGCUGAUGAAGCCACUACAGAUCACCAAAGACUUCUUGAUAGGUUGAAGUUAUAUGAUUUGGUUGAACUUAAGGUUCAAGGAGAUGGUAAUUGUCAGUUCCGAGCACUAUCUGAUCAGUUCUACCGUACUACUGAGCACCACAAGUUUGUGAGACAACAAAUUGUCAAUCAGCUUAAGUCUCAUCGUGAGAUUUAUGAUGGAUAUGUUCCAAUGGCCUAUGAUGAGUAUCUGAAAAAGAUGUCCAAGAAUGGAGAAUGGGGUGACCAUGUCACAUUACAGGCUGCUGCAGAUUCGUAUGGUGUUAGAAUAUUCAUUCUAACAUCAUUCAAGGAUACCUGCUACAUUGAGAUUCUGCCUAAUGUUCAGAAGUCUAAAAGAGUUAUUUUCUUGAGCUUUUGGGCUGAGGUGCACUACAACUCAAUCUAUCCUGAAGGAGAGCUGCCAACAUCAGAAAGCAAGAAGAAGAAAAGGUGGUGGCACUUCGGUAACAUGCAUUAGGAUAUAAGGCUUCUCAUAUGGCGGACUUGCGUUAUUUGACUCGUUCUGUUUCCCAGGGGAAUCCUCUUGGAGCAGUUGCCGUGUUCGCUGAUGUAGUUGAUCGAGCAAGCGCAUGGCAGGAAAAGGAAGGAAUAUGUUUCACUUGCUGAUUUGCGUUAGUCCCAUACGUAGUUUCUGUCCAUACUCCUAGGUCAAACUAAUGAUAUUCGUUACAUUUAUAGUGAAGGAAAUGAAAUUCAAUUUAUUCACCUCAUUUUUUUGCUUUGCCCCCUUUUGAGAUACAAGUAAUGUUGAUUUUAUGUAAAGAUGGCGGGCGGACAGAACAAUUGCUCCUAACAAGACCGUGUUAAUAAAUGGCUAAUCUUUACUCUCUA